AUGCGUAGGCUCAUAGGCAUAAAAAGUUCUGGCAUGGGAGCUUCGCGAUUGCAAGUUCUCCGAGGAAUUUUAAGGGAGUUAAAGCUGUUAUCGCCAGUUAAGGUAAUUAAAUGACUUUUAGAUCAUGAAAAUCUAACAAUCGCGAUGGCGUACUUGUCUCUGAUGGCUUAGUCAAUUCCAAGCGUUUCCAUUCCCCUAAGCAUUUGUCUGCAUGCAUUUGUCAUCUUGUCGGUCCCGGCGAGAAGAUGACAAGGAUGAUAAAGGUUCGGAACCACUGGGAAAGGCACCUCUUCUUGAUCUGCUGUUAUCUUUAGGUAUUCUCAACAACCCCCUAGAUCCUGAUUUCUGGAGCAUGAGCGAUACGAAACUAUUGCUGCUUGCUUCCCCUGGGUGGGAUGGGGAGUCGUAAUGAUGUACCCCUCUCCUCAUUCCCACUAGAGACGGUUGAAACUGUUCACAACCCCCCUGAAAUACAGUAAAAACCCUUAACCAAGAACCUGUUAGGCUAAAAUUUGCCAGUUUAGGUCCCCUCUAUACAAGAACCUGUUUAGUCUAAAAUGGGCUAUUGCAUUUUAGUAAAAUCUAGCCUGAAUUUCAUCCGAUUACUUCGAGUCGUUAUUAAUCCCUUAAAGCAAUCGAAUGAAUUUCAGGCUAAGUAAAAUCCAACUAGUGGUCUAUUAUCAAUGCUGCUUUCUGAUUGGUUGAGCUACUACUAGGCUAUAUGUUAUAGCCCACUAGUAGCAAAAAGCGCCAGCUUUUUGGUGGCAAAAAAGAUUAACGUCUGUCUUUAACUAGCUAAAAUUUUUUUUAUUCUCGAUAUUUUUGACCAACUAGUUCGAUUUUACUAAAACAAUUAUUCUUUACGCCCUCAUGGCCUCUGAGUCAAUAACGCAUUCGGCCUUCGGCCUCAUGGGCUAUUGACUCAGAACCCAUUCAGACUCGAGGAACAAUUGUUAAUAAUAUCCUCAACCCCCCCCUUCCCUUCCCUUCCCCCCCCCCUGCCCCGGGUUGAGGAACCAUAGAAUUCUCCAGGGGUAAGUUAUAUAAAUUAAUUGAGGAUUUCUUUAGGGGUUGAGUAAAAAAAUAUAGAAUUCUUUAGCCUGAGUAUCAGGCGUAUCAGGGGAAAAGGCUUCAGGGGUAAACCCAUAUUUUAUGGAAGUCUUCAGGGGUGAAUGCAAUUUUAGCCAAUCUUCAGGGGUAAGAAGAAAAGGUAAGUCCUCAACCAGAGGGGUACGGAUAUUAAAUGCAAUAGCCCAAUUUGAAACAGGUUCUUAUUUUCUAAAAAAAUAUCUCUAAAAAACAUUCUGCACACUUAGGAGAAUAAGAUACCAUAAAAUUAAUCCUCUAUUGAGCCCCCACACCCCUCUCUAAUAAGCCCCCCAGUUUCGGGGGAAGAAAGUUAAUAAGUCCCCCUCUCUUCUAACCCACCCCCCCCCUCCCCCCUUCCCCCUUAUCUUUCUUUAUGUUGAACGUGUUGCACUGUAUUUAUCAGUCACGACUGUAAAACUUUGUGUGGACUGAUCUGGGAUGGUUUAUUCACCAACUGGAAGUUUGGAUUUGUUUUUGUUCUUCAGCUGCAUGGCCUCCAACUUCUUGUACUUGAGCUUUUCCACUUUGUAUUCUAGUUCUUUAUGGAGACUCAUUUUCUCAUAAUUUUUAGGAGCCAGUCAUAUCAACAUUCGAAGGACAGUUCCUUAUUUCAGAGUAUCGUCAGUUUUCUAAGGCUGGGGAGACAGUGGCAAACAUACUUUACUAUGACAGCCUCUAUUAUUUAUGCUUGCUGAAAAGCCAGAGAGAGGCAAUGGUGAGUUGGAUCAAUUUAGAUGUCUGGGAAACUACCCACCUACCCCUCCCCUAACCCAGUAUUUUGCCCCACGUGAGAUGCAAAUGUUAACGUUGAGUUAGGGGAGGGGUAGGUGGGCAGUUUCCCAGACACCUUAAUUGAUCUGGUGAGUUUUGUUUUUAUGGUCUUGUCAAUCAAAGUACAUGAAUUUCGUUUUUAAUCACUUGAAAACCUUACAUCAGCAUGCAUAUUCUCGAUACUGUGCCCCAUAACAUUUCCUAUGGUGGUCAUAAAAAUAUGUUUAACAAUCAAAGUGUACUGUACUUAAUGUUGAUCAUUUUCUUUCUUACUGAUCAUUGUCUUUUUUCUUUCAACUUCAUGUUUUUAAAGUAAGCUUUGUUGCUAUAGGGAGAAAUUGAAUGUUCUUCUCCGUCAGUUUGAGUCUUUGCUUACACAUUUAUCUUUUUUUCUCACAAUUCUCUGUGCAUGUGUUUUCAGUGAUUUGUAAAAGGAUUUUUAAGCCUUUACACUUUAUUUUACAGGAUCUUUUCUUGAGAUACAAAGGAAGAGGAGAAAGAUCUGUGGAGGAAACAGCUGGCUUAGUAGGUUUUAAACUUCCUAAACAGUACCAAAAUCCUUGA